UCAUUCAUUUCAUUUCAAAUAUUUGAAGCAAUAGCAGAGUAAAGUUCCUCGUAACGCUAGCCAAGCCCAACGACAACAACAAUAUUCUUGAAUUCUUGUAAAUUAAAGUGAUAUAAACGUUAAAGCAACAUGGAUUGCGGUACCACCCUAGUUAAAUAUGUGCUCUUCAUAUUCAAUGCCAUUGUGUCGAUUCUCGGCAUUUUGACCAUUGUCUUUGGUGUCAUCGUUUUAAAUAACAUUGGCAUGAUAGAACAUGACGGUCAGGUCGGUUUCCCACCACAAGCCGUUCUGCCAAUUGGCAUGAUUACCCUUGGCUCCAUUGUCGUGUUCAUCUCAUUCUUGGGCUGCUGCGGAGCCAUUCGCGAAGAUGUCUGCAUGACGAUGUGCUAUGCUGUCUUGAUGUUGAUACUGCUCAUUCUUCAACUGGUUAUCGUUGUUUUGUUGUGGACUAGCAAGGACAAAAUCACCAAUGCCAUGGACCAAGUUAUCGAUAGUGCCUGGCAACGUGAGGCUCGUGAAACUGGUGUUUUCGAAGCCCUUCAAAAAUCGUUGAAAUGUUGUGGAGCAAAUAACUUUGCUGAUUACGCUUUUAUUGGCAAGUUACCUCCCAAAAGCUGUUGUCCAGCCGAUGAGGCCUGCAUCCUGAUUAACUCCUAUCCUGGCUGUAAAAAAGUUGCCGCUGAAUAUAUUUCUGGAAGCUCUGAAAAGGCAAAAUACUUUGGAAUUGGUUUAAUCGCUGUUGAGCUCGUUGGAUUUAUUUUCGCCUGUUGUUUGGCCAACAAUGUGCGCAACUAUAAGCGACGAAAUGCUUAUUAAUAUGGUCAGCAAUGCCAACAGCAAUAACCAUUGCCACCACCCACCCAAAAAGAAGAAGCAGGGAAGUCACCAACCACAACAAAGUUUCUCCUCGAAUUAUGUUAUGCGCACACAAUCUCACCUACAAUCGAUCUUUAUUUUUUUCCUCUCAAUAUUAAAACGAGUAUAAAAUUGUUGUUACAAAUAAAAAAUUAUUAUAAGUUAUUACAAAACUACCUACCUGCAAAGUACCAAUAUAACAAAUACGCAUAAACAAUAAAUACAUACAUAUUAAGCAUUGUAUACAACGCAUAUGUAUGUAAUAAUGCCACUAUUAUUGAAUACAAUGAACUUUUAUAAAUCGAUAUUGAAAACUCUUGUAUAUUAAAACGUUUAAGAUUUAAGUGAACAACAAAAAGAAGAACAAAAACGAAACAAUGAAUUUUCCUUAUGUUUUUACACAUGUAUAUGCAUACACAUAAGAUUAUGCAUAUAUACUACAUUUAUAUUUGUAUUCCAUUUUGUACGUUCUUUAUAGGUCUGAAAAAAUCUCCCUCCAAUACUAGAAGUCUGGAAGCACAAAGAAUUUCAUCUUAUCUUUUUUACGAUAAAUUCUUGUUUGUUUGGAUUUUCUUCGAUUCCAUUGUUCUCUUGAAAACAAAAAAUUUCAAUAUUCUUUUUUUAUACAUAUUUGCCUAUUAUAUAUAAUUAUAUGAACAAACAAAACAAAAAACCAAACAAACUAGAAGCACAAUAAACCAAAACAUUGAAUGUAUUUAUAAAUUCACCCAAUUUUGUGGACUCAGUGUGUUAUAUACUAUUUCUUAUAUUAAUUUAUAUUCAUACAAUGCAGUUGCAAAUGAAAUAGAUUUCAAAAAAUAUAUAUUUAAUAAAAUUAAUUCUUAAAGCCGA